UUAAGAUGGGCGGCUACAGAAGUUGGAUAAAUAAAGCUAGUUAAAAUAAAACAUUGACUAUCCGCCAAUCCCUCAUUCGAUAUUUGCAUGAAAAACUCCGCGCCACGUUCUGUAUACAUCACAGACGUUCCGUUAAGUUCUAAGCCAUGGAGGGCGGGGCUUAGCUAGACCCCGCCUUACAGCUCCCACAACGCUUUGUGCUGGCGCGCUCUUUCCUUUGACCGGGUGGGGUAUCAUCAUGGGCAGCAAGAUGGCGGCCGCCAGUAGGGUCAUUCAGGUAGUCAAACCACAUACACCACUGAUUAAGUUUCCAGACAGAAAAAGUACUCCAAAACCUAAUAUCCAGGAAUCUCCACUACAGUCAAGAGUGCCUCCGCUUCAUGGAAUAGCUUCACAAUUUUCUUCAGAAAACAAAGCACCAUCUUCUCAAAAUACUUUAUUUACUGGUAGAAUACAAGGUAUACCUGACACAGCAGAGUUAAUAAGAACUUUACCUCAGAAAUACAGGAGGAAACCUAUGUCAGUUGAAGAGAUGGAAUACAUUCAAUUUGCUACUGUUUAUAAAGCAAGAGACAAGAACACAAAUCAAAUUGUUGCUAUUAAAAAAAUAAAACUCGGACACAGAUCAGAAGCUAAAGAUGGUAUAAAUAGAACAGCACUUCGAGAAAUAAAACUGCUGCAAGAGCUUAGCCAUCCAAAUAUUAUUGGACUUCUUGAUGCAUUUGGACACAAAUCAAACAUCAGUCUAGUGUUUGAUUUUAUGGAAACUGAUCUAGAGGUUAUAAUAAAGGACACUAGUCUUGUAUUGACACCUUCCCACAUCAAAGCAUAUAUGCUGAUGACACUUCAGGGAUUAGAAUAUUUACACGAACACUGGAUUCUUCAUAGGGAUCUUAAGCCAAAUAAUUUGUUGCUGGAUGAAAAUGGAGUUUUAAAACUAGCUGAUUUUGGUUUGGCAAAAUCUUUUGGAAGUCCAAACAGAGUUUAUACACAUCAAGUAGUCACAAGGUGGUAUCGAGCACCCGAACUAUUGUUUGGAGCUAGAAUGUAUGGGGUGGGUGUGGACAUGUGGGCAGUAGGCUGCAUCUUGGCUGAAUUGCUUCUAAGGGUUCCAUUUUUGCCAGGAGAUUCUGAUCUGGAUCAGCUCACCAAGAUUUUUGAAACCCUUGGUACGCCAACAGAGGAGCAAUGGCCUGGUAUGACAAAUCUUCCAGAUUAUGUUACUUUUAAAAGUUUCCCUGGAAUGCAAUUUCAGCACAUCUUCAGUGCCGCCGGUGAUGAUUUGCUGGAAUUGCUGCAAGGCUUAUUUCGCUUUGAUCCUUGUACUAGGCUCACAGCUAGUCAGGCACUGAAACAUGAGUAUUUUAGUAAUCGACCAGCACCGACACCUGGAAGUCAAUUGCCAAGACCCAACUGCCCUGCAGAAGCUUUGAAAGAGCAACAAAAUCCUGUUUCUAAUUUAAAAAGAAAAAGGGUGGAUGGAAAAGAUCAAGGGUUACCCAAAAAACUGGUUUUUUGACAACUAUGGGAAAUGAGGAUCUUGAACAUUUCUGCUGCUAUGAUAUCUGAAAAGACCAAAUGUGAGAACUGGGAGAAGUCAAUUAAAAAUAGGAGAAAGCUAUGUUUGUAAAUGUAUGUAAUAUGUAUGUAGUAUUUCAAUACAUAAUAACCAUGUAUUUUGUUACCUUUUUUAAAAAAAAUAAAAAUACAAAAAAAUGA